AUAGCACCGAGCCAAGGUUGAAUAGAUUAAAAGGAUUUAUGAGCAGCACUAUUUAAGUAAGAGAGGACGGUCACAGGUUGAAAGCUGUUACAGAUUUUUAGAGAGCACGAGAAGGAGCAAGCCUUGCAACUGAGCUUCAAAGCGUCGACAGAGCUCUAAAGGCGUCUGCGCUGCACCCAGCAGAGGAUGCAGCUGGUUGUCAUGGCAGCAGUGCUGGCAGUGGCGGGGGCGUGGCAGGGCUGCAGCUUCGGCUGCCAUCCAACCAACGUCAGCAUCCCCGUGGAGAGCUGUGGCAGCACCGAGCUCGUCCUCACCACCGUAUGCGCGGGACAGUGCUACCACGAGGAUCCGGUCUACAUCGGCCACGACGAUUGGGCGGAACAGAAGAUCUGUAACGGGGACUGGUCCUAUGAGGUGAAACACAUCAAAGGAUGUCCAGUGGGUGUCACCUACCCUGUGGCCAGAAACUGCGAGUGUGCGGCGUGUAACGCGGGAAACACGUACUGCGGGCGCCUCCCUGGACACAUACCCAGCUGUCUGUCCUUUUAAAGAACCCACUCUCCGUCCUAACAUUUACUCAUUCCCUUUGUGUCAUUUGAGUUGGGACUGAAAUAAACAGGCAUCGCUUAA